CUGAUGUCACAGGGUGUGGGCGGUCUGCCUGUGUCUAUAAGUACAGGCACCACCGAGGGAAUCUCGCUCUAUAUGAAGGGAAGCUAACCCUAGCUGAGCUGUGCUGAUACUGUAGGAGAGCAAAGAAACACCAAACUAGUGUAGCUUUUAGUGCGCUCGCAUAGAACUAUGGAUCGGUUCAGAUGAAUGAAUAGGUAAACUGACAGAUCAACAGACUUCUCUCCUCUCUGGACAGUAUAUCGUCACAGCCACCAGGUUUCUGUUCUCCAUCUAACGACCUCUGAUUGUAAUUUUGGAAAGUACGCUGUCAGGAUGUUUUCUCUGGUUAGUUUGAGAAGGACUGUUUCUACCCUGUUCGUUCUCCUCUCCAGUGCUGCUGUCAUGGUGGAGAGUGACUGUCCUGCCCAGUGCUCUUGUGACCCAUCACCCCCAUUGUGCCCAGUGGGCGUUAGCUGGGUGACAGACGCCUGUGGCUGCUGUAAGGUGUGUGCCAGGCAGUUCAACCAGGACUGCAGCCCCAGCCAGCCCUGUGACCACAUCAAGGGCCUGCACUGCCACCUGGGGGCUGGGGGAGACCCAGAGAGAGGCCUGUGCCGAGCGGAGGCCAAGGGCCGGUCCUGCGAGUUCAGCGGGCGUGUCUACCAGCAUGGAGAGGACUUCCAGCCCAGCUGCCAGCACCAGUGCAGCUGCAUGGACGGGGUGGUGGGCUGCAUGCCACUCUGCCCCCACCAGGUGUCCCUGCCCGACUGGCGCUGCUCCCGGCCCAGGCUGGCACGGCCCUUGGGCCGCUGCUGUGCAGAGUGGGUCUGUGACGACAACAACCACAUCAGUGAGGACCCAGAGGAACCUCCACAGGCAGCUCUGCCCAACCCACAACCCCUCCCAAACCACAUCAACAACCAGCUCCAGGAACAGCCACACUAUCAGGCCAGCACUGGAGUCACCUUUAGAGAGGUGGUGUCCCUCCCCAUGUCCCAGGUGUCGCUAAGCGCCAGAUGCUUCCCACAGACCACUGAUUGGACGGAAUGUUCCACUACCUGUGGGAUGGGCAUCUCCAGUCGGGUGACUAAUAACAACGCAGACUGCCGGCUGGUCAGAGAGACACGACUGUGUCAAGUCCGCCAAUGUGACCUGCGACUUACCCCAGCAAUCAAGAGGGAAAAGAAGUGCCAGCGUUCAGUGCGCCCUCGGGAGCCAAUCAGCAUCAACUUUGCUGGCUGCUCCACGGCACGGCACUAUCGACCUCGCAGCUGCGGCUCCUGUGCGGACAGACGAUGCUGCACCCCUUCACUGACCCGUACCGUCCGCCUGCGCUUCCACUGUCCCGGCGGAGAGGGCUUCACACGCAACGUCAUGUGGAUCCAGCGCUGCAGCUGCAAGAAGAGCUGUCACAAUCACGGCUCCCCCUCAAGGCCCUCUGUCAGCCUGCACAAUGACAUCCACACCUUCAGGCACUGAGUCAGGAUUAGGAGGAUGCCCAACCCCAGCCUCGACACACUGGAUAGGGCUAGGGCAUGCUAGUCUCUCCCCAUCUUCCAUACGCCCUCUGCCCACGGAUAGCCCUGCCUUUCAGCCCCUUCCUGGACAUCAGUGUGGCUGGCAGCCUCUCCCCCAGCACCAGACUAUGGGAGAGAGAGCUAGGUGGCUGCUCCCCCUAACCAUGCAGAACUAUUGCUUGCACUUUAAGCUUCCUGGCACGUUGCCCCCAGUUAACCAACAUGAGAGAUGGGUAGCUAUUUUGUGCAACUCUCUGCGGCUAGGUCCAGUUCCCCUUCCCUGCUGAUGACCCAGCCACGGAACUGUUCCAGUGGAGGAAGGGACAGCACUGAGCACAACAGACCAUAGAUGGCCUGAUGUCACUUUCUUAAUGUCAUGUUGGACUUGUGGGUGAAAUAUGUCAUUGAAUCCUCUGCUUAUCACCCUUUUUAUUAUUUUUAUUUGUUAACAUUGUCAAGACCCUCCUAUAACCACAGUGGGAGAAAAAGAAAGGAACUUGUAUGCAUGUAUAUGAGGGACAUAUUACUUUUUGUCAUAAUGUGUAAAUUAGUGAGGCCAGUGAACGUGUAAGGAUGUGAUGAGCGAUGACCAUGGGCAAUCCCAUACAUUCAUGUACGAUGAAGUGUUUUGUCUGAUACGUUGAUGGUCGAAUGAGGACAGGACGUCAUCAAUGAUUGUACCUGUAUGUUACAUGUUGUGAAGUGUGUGUGUGUGUGUGAGAGAGAGAAUGAAAGGGUGAGAAAACAGAGUGUUUAUGUGUGUGUGUGUUUGUCAUAUUACAGAGUAUAGUGUACAGACUUCACUCUUUGUUGAGUGGCAAAUUAUACAGAUCACCUCAUUUUCCGGGGUGUGUUUUUAUUGACUCAUAGUAUGGAGACUUUCUUAUACUGGAGGGAAGAUUUUAUAUAUAUUUAAGAUUUAUAUAUUGUUUGAAUUCUUAUCAAUAAUUCUCUGAUACAUGAAAUAAAACCAACACGUGCUCUGUC